AUGGUUCCCGAGAAGCAUAAAACCAUUAAAAGAUAUUUGCUGAAGGACCCCACAGGCAGCAUUCUAGAAGAAAAGUUAAAAGGGAUUGAGACCCCUGCGCCCCCGAUGCAGUGUAUACCCGAGUUUGUUAUGAUUGGGCCCGUAGUGGAGCACCGGCCUCUGCACAUGCCGAGUUUGUUGAAGAAGUUGGGUCGCAACUGGCCUUUCGUUGAUGCAGAGGAAAAGACAUAUAUCUUGCCGCCUUACGUCAGUGCAGAUAUAUCCCCUCAAGAUGAGCAUAGGCCCCUUCAGAUGUCUCCUUUGGAUUCGGUGCUGCCCGACCCCACAGGAUCCGAUCCCACGGGAUCCGAUCCCACGGGAUCCGAUCCCAGCAAGCCUUUAAGCAUCAGCAUCAUGUACCAGCCCGUGGGGUUUGCUUACUGGUAUCUGCAGCAGAUGCUUGCGGGUAGCUUUGCGCUGCUGGAGGAGACAUACGGGUUUGAUUCGUAUGAUACAAAUUCUUUGAAGAUGACAGCAGCAGCAGCAGCAAAGAAGAACUCUUUUAUGGUGUUAGUUUUUGUUUUCUUCUUCUCCCUCGCUCAUUGCUUCUUAGAGUUGAUGGCUUUGCAAGCAGACCUCGCCUUCUGGAGGAGACAAACAGAUCCCAGCGGAUUCUUCUCACUAAGGACAUUAGGAUAUGAAGUUCUAACAGAAGCUGUUGUUGCAGUGUAUCUGCACGAGAAUAACUCGAAGCUGCCUCUGUUUUUUGUCUGUCUUCAUAUUCUCCUUAACACCUGGAAGAUUACAAAGUUUGUUCAGGUGUCUGUGCAGCUGCAGUAUCCUUUCGUCUCCUUCCAGAGAAAGAAGGCUCCUCAACAAGAAAAAGAAACAAAGACAGAGACAGAUGCUGCUGCUAACCCACAGAUCGUAGACGACAAGACACGGGAAGGAGCAGAGAAAUUCGAGGCAAAAUGCAUGCGUUGGUCUACGUACCCCACAGAAGCUGGUGGUCUUGGGUGA